GGAGGGAGGAAGGAGACUGAUAUCUCACGCUUCACCGCCUCCGCCCUCAAACAACCCGCAUCUCAUGAUAAUUUUCUUCUUUUGAAAGACCAAGCGACAUAGUUUUGCUAAGAUGAUGUAUCAUUGAAGUCUGAAACUGAAAUAAUUUAUGCAGCUCUUCAUAAAUGCUCUUAAAAGAGGAACGUCAAGUCAACACCCUUUAAUAGAGACAUGAGAAAAAAAUGAAGCCACCUGCUGUAACAAUAGUUUUCGUCAUGAUGCUGACGUUCCAAGGAAUUUUGGCCCAUACGGAACCCUGCAACUUCAACCCCCUCUGCACCUGCACACAUCGUGACGUCAGCUGCAUAGGCGUCCCCUUCGCACAAGUCCCCACACUACCCCUUGAUGACGUCUUCCAAUUCACUCUACUGAAAUCCGGUGUAGAAACCUUACAGGACAAAUCAUUCCAGAAUACUCGAAUAUCGUCUCUAAGAAUGAUGCAGAAUCAACUGUCUCAUAUUCACCCGAAGGCUUUCCAAGGGAGUGAAUUAGCUUUGACUACUGUGGAUCUCAGUUUCAACAGAUUGCACAGAUUACCCCAAGAGGCUCUUCAGAGGUUGAGGCAUCUGCAGUGGUUAAGCCUACAUUCCAAUGACAUCGAUGAUUGGCCAAGCUUACCCUCGAAGCCAAACUUGCGCAGUGUUUUUCUUGGAGACAAUCGCAUUUCACUCCUCAUAGAUGGCGCCUUCUCCAACCUACACAACCUGACGUCACUGGAUCUCGACCAGAAUUGCCUAACUGACGUCAAAAAUCACCCUUUUCCCUCCUCUCUCCAGACACUCUCCCUCUCCAACAAUCUUCUGAAGCGUGUGCCAUCUGAAGCACUCCACAAUCUGCGAAACCUCACUUGGCUUCAGUUGAAUGGUAACUUAAUAGAAGACCUCCCCAAACCGUUUAUUCUACCAGUGAGACACCUCACGAAACUGGAUCUCAGCCACAACCUCAUCAGAAUUCUCUCCGCAUCUUUACUGAACCACACAGAAGUCGCCAUCACGAACCUCCACCUCGAAUUCAACUACAUAAAGACUCUAAACGGGGCCACGUUUAAGGGUUUCGUUGUCGAGAGGCUCUCCCUGUCCAACAACAGACUCAGAACCAUUCCAGACGGCUCAUUCGAAGGGCUUCAAGACACCCUCAAAGCCCUUGAUCUGAGCCACAACCUCCUGGAGACAUUUCCAAAAGCCUUAAAAGAUCUGACCGCCUUGAGUCAUCUCUACCUUCGGGGCAAUUCCAUCAAAGACCUAGAUCCUUACGACUUAAACGGCUGCCGUUAUGACUUAGACAUUCUCGAUAUCUCUGGGAAUAGAUUCAGAAAAGUGCCGCGAGAGGCGCUGCAUGCCACCCAGAGGAUAUCACGCAUCAGUCUUCAAGAUAAUUCCAUUUCAUCCAUAUCCGCUGCAGACUUCAACGUAUGGGGCCAAUCUUUAACAGCUCUGAAUCUGGCUAACAAUGAACUCACUAGCAUAGCGCCAGAUACUUUUUCCGGGACAACGAAACUCAGAGAACUUAGACUCUCUUACAAUAAUUUGGUGUCCUACGAUCCCAGUACGUUCAAACCGAUCAGAUCGACUCUUGAAAUUUUGGAAUUGGGUAACUUCAACCUUCCCACUCUGGAAGUCCUUGAAGGAAUGGAAAAAGUUAAAUGGUUGCAGGUAGACUACAACAAGUUGAACGCGCUUUCGACGUCGACUUUUGAAGGAAUGCCUUCCCUCAUUCAUAUCGACUUGGAAGGAAAUAAACUGCAAUCUUUACCUUCAGGACUCUUCAGAAAUAAAGUUCACACGCGACUCAACAGUGUCGUUUUAGCUAAUAACGAAAUAGAAGUGAUAGAAAACGGCACUUUCUACAAACUGCCUUUUCUGACGAACGUUGUUUAUUACGGUAACAGGCUUACCACGAUUAAAUCUUUCGCUUUCAGCGAGAUGCCGAUUCUAAACACCGUGAUUCUCGCCAGGAACAGAAUCUCCAGCAUCGAAAAAGCGGCUUUUUCGAACCUGAAAAGCGUCACGAAUAUAUUCCUCCAGGACAACAACCUCACGGAGUUCUCGUUCGUCGGAUUCCACAAAGUGGGCGAGUCCAAAAACCACGUGUUCCUCGACCUGUCUUACAACCGAAUCGAACACCUGCUGAAAGUGCCGGACUUUAAAGAGAGCGAGAGGUACAUCAAUGUGCGCAGUUUAGACCUUAGCCAUAAUCUGAUAUCAAAAAUAGACGGUAGCUUCCUUAAACCUGUGGGCAAAACCUUGCAUUCCUUGACCUUGUCCUACAACCGGAUAAGUUUCCUCGACACUUCCAUCUUCCAACAUGCACCCAACCUGCAGGUGCUGCACCUGGACGGAAAUCUGCUGUCCAACUUGCCAAACGGCGUCUUCCAAAAUUGCCUUAUGCUGCAGAUCAUCAACAUCGGUCGGAACAACAUGUCGACGGUGUUUAGCGGUGCUUUCCGAAAUCUUAGCUCACUUCGCAUCUUGGACCUUAGCCAGAACAACAUCAAAACACUACCAGAGGACGUUUUCAUAGGCACCAGUCUGGAGCGGUUGAAUUUAUCCAGCAACGACAUAUACUACGCCCCGACUGAGAGCCUGGCCCACACGCGAGCCACCCUGAGAUAUCUCGACCUGUCCGGUAACCGGAUAUCCAGCAUUCCAACCAGCGGGAUCAACCAUCUCCACAAUCUGCUGAGCCUGAAUUUGUCGGGUAAUCACCUGUCGAGCUUACCGGAGGACGCUUUCUCUAAGUUAGUGUAUUUGUUGUACCUAGACCUGUCCCACAACUCGCUGUGGAAGUUCAGCGACGAACCUUUCAAAGCUCUGGUGUCCCUGCAAACCCUCAACCUAUCUGAAAACAAUAUUCCCAACGUGCCGAAUUUUCCGCUGCCCUCUCUGCGCGUCUUGGACUUGUCUCAUAAUGUCAUAUGCAACGUGUCUGACUUGUCGUUGUCGAGUGUGACGGAGUUGAGGCAGCUGGAUCUGUCUCACAAUUAUCUGGCCGAAGUUCCGGUGCACGUGUGGCCCUCUAUUGUCAGACUUAUCAAAUUGAAUUUGUCUUACAAUCCAAUCCGUGCUCUGACCACGAACAGCUUCAGAAAAUUGGAGAAGCUGAGAGAAUUGGAUGUCCGAGGUCUUGAUCUCACUUUCAUGGAUUCCAGAAUACUACACCACUUAAAGUUCCUGACCUCCUUCAAGACGAGCACCUACGCGGGAUUAAGAUCUAUCCGUCUCCAGAAUCUCCUCUCCAAAUCUUGCAGCCUCCGACGAGUUCUGAUAGACGUUGAAGAGACCAGUCUCUCUCACCAACUGCAGUUCGCUUUUGGUACUAAAUUACGGGAACUCACAGUAACGGGUAGGAACCUCCAGUACGUGUUACCCGAUGCAUUCCAAGGGUUGGAGACCCACGAACUGAUACUGCGCAUAACAGGUACGAGUAUCAGUCGCCUGCCCAACAAUCUGCUCAAGUAUCUUGCAGACAUUCGAUAUUUGACAUUAGACAUCAGAGGAAAUUAUUUGACCAGCAUGGAGGAUAGGGUUCUGAGUCCAGCCAGCAGAGUUAAAUCUGAGGGAUACACGACACAGCAUAUUUCUGGUAAGUGAAGUUCAUGUUUGAUUUUCAAACCUAUCGAAAGCAAGAAAUUUCCUUUUCAAUGUUCAAACCUAUCGAAAGCAAGAAAUUUCCUUUUCAAUGUUCAAACC